AUCUCUUUAUUCGGCGCAUCUUUAUCUUUCUGAUUCUCAGCUCAAUCACUAGUAUAUCUUCAAACCCUUUUCUCGUUAGCUCUCAGAUCGUUCGUUCGACAAUGGAGCAAGAGGAGGAAGAGACCGCGUUUCUGAAGUUGUCUGAUGACUUGGUUCUCAACAUCUUCUUUAAACUUGAGGACGACCCACGUCAUUUUUCCAGACUUGCUUCCGUUUGCACUAAGUUUUCAUCUCUUAUUCGUAAUGUUUGCUGGAAAACUAAGUGUUCUCAAAACUUUCCAUUACUUAUCUCUGAUUUGACGGCUGGAUCUUCUCUCCCGCCGCCUGAUGGUUGGGCUUCUCUUUAUAAGCUAGGUGUAUGCUGUCCUGGCCUACAUCUCUCAGGAGUCCUUCUGGAAAGUUCGGAUUUUGGACUGGAAAGGGAGCUAGGUCCAGAUGAGAAUUACCUUAUUCACAACAAACCCACUGAAGAAGAAGGAGGAGAAGAAGUGGACAGGACUAUGAUUCCUUCCUCAUCCCCUAUGGAGAGCCACAAUAAUAACAACAACGUAGAAUCUGCUAUUCCAGAACCUGAACCUGACUGUUCUUGGUCAUUGUAUGAUGAUCUCUACUUUGAUACACUUUACGACCCAUCUGAAUACCAAGAGCAGUCAGGAAUGGAGGAGGAUCAACCUGAAAUUGAUGCUACAGAGAUCACGGUGGGCUGUGAAGUUCCUGCUUGUAAGAAGAGGAGGGUUUGCAGGUCUCUUAUGGCUCAUCUAGCAUCCUCUUACUGGAAUUUAUGCCGGGAACAAGGCAAUAAGCUGUUGGCAAGUCGGUUCAGAGGUGAUUGUCUGUACAUCUGCGAUUGGCCUGGGUGCAUUCACAUGGAAGAGAAGAGGAAUUACAUGCUGUUUAGAGGAAUCUUCAAGGAUUUCAAAAGGUCAACUGUUUGGAGGACUAUAAAUGAUGGGAAAAGGGACACUAUCGAUCUGAAUUGUGCGUUUUGCCCGUGUAAGCAGACUUGGGAUCUUCAUUCGGCCUUCUGUUUGAAAAGGGUGUUUGGUUUUCACGAUGAUGGUGAGCCGGUUGUUCGAGCUUAUGUGUGUGAGAAUGGGCAUGUUUCUGGAGCUUGGACUGACUGGCCUUUGUAUACAUGAUGGAUGAACCAACCAACCAGCCAUACAUACUAAUGGAUGGGUAUCUCUUAUUACUUCUUAUCUCUUUCUCUUAUCUAUGGAGUUUAUGAAACUGGUUUUAAUCUAAUAUGUAUUAUUAGUAUUCUGGAAAUGAGACUACUCAUGAACGAUUCUGCCUUGUACUCUUCUUCUUCUUGAUGAUGAUGACUUUCACAACUAUUUUAUAUAUUUGCAAAUUAUGCUUUUGAUGAUAAUUA